GUGGAAUGGCUUCCAGCGGAAAGAGCCACUGGGGGACCCGGCGGACGACCCCGACUACCUCCCCUACGCGGGCGGAGCCGAUCCCAACGAUUUCCCCUUCAUCGGGGUGCUCCUCGUCCUCGCGAUCGGAUUGGCCGCGCUGGGGGAGUUUUUGAAGAAGACCGCGGACCCUGUGGAUGUGGAGGCCAUCAGGGCCGCCGCCGCGAGGGACCCCGAGACUGGCGAGUUCAUCAAGCCAGACUGGUACAACGAUGCCAGGAAGCCGGAGGAGGAGGUGGUGCCCCCGCCGCGGGGCUGGCAGAACCUGAAGUAG